GCAGACUCCCCCUCCCUCUCCCCCAUCCCCACCACCUCUUUGAACACACAUAUAGCCUAGCUUAUUCUCUCUCACGCACACACACACACGCGCGCGCACCAAUACCCUCCUCCUGCCAGACUCCCAGGCCAAGCAGCGUCGCCAUACGGAACAUCCUGCCCUCAGCGGAGAGGGGGAGGAGAGAGAGAGAGACAGCCCGAGUGUGAGUAUACGGAGAGGGGGCAGAGAGAGGCACGGUGUGUAUUGGGAAAGAGAAAGAGAGAGAGAAGGAGAGAGGGAGAGACGAGGUCUGGUGUCUCCCGGUAGUAAAUCUAUCAGGUCUCGAGCACAAAAACUCGGAGGAGCAGACAGUGUGCAGAGGAGGCCUGGGUACAGACCCCGGUGAGCCGGACUAGUAGUAGCAGCAACGCGUGAAUCCUUGGAUUAAAAGCCCGACUAGAGGAAGGACGGAUGGUCGUGCGGACGGGAAGCAGCAGCAGCAGCGGCGCGCUCUGAAGUUGGCCAGACUAACCAACCGCAACAGCAGGAGCAGCAGCUUUUGUCCCCCUUCACCCAAACCUCCCCGAACCCCCCGUGAAAGGCGGCGGAAGCAGCAGCACCAGCAGCAGCAGCAGCGGCGGCGGCACCGUCCGGGAGGCUGCUGUGCCCGCGCACCCCGACCAUGAAGCUGCCUUGGGUAGUACUGGCGCUGACGGCGCUGGUGGUUCACGCCGCCACGGGACAGACUUGGUCUGAUGAUGAAGGCUCAACGAGAGACGACUUCUUCGAUGACGAGGAUCUGUACUCGGGCUCUGGCUCUGGCUUCCCUGAGAUCAGUAUGAGGCCGACAUCAGUGGGUGUGUCCUUCACCACGGAAGAGACCCUCCUCCUCUCCACCACCCAGGCCACUAGUCCCGCCCCCUCAGCCUCACCUGCGGCAGAGCCCAGCCCCAACCCGGACCCGACGACGAUCCCGCUGACCACCGAGGCCGACGGAGAGAGCGGUGCCUUCUGGGAACGAGAGAGGGAGCUGGAGAGGGAACGAGAGAGGGAGAUGGAGAUGGAGAAAGAGAGGGAGAGACAGAGGGAGAUGGAGAGGGAGCGAGAGAGGGAGCGAGUCCGGGAAAUGGAGAGGGAGAGGGAACGGGAGAGGGAACGAGAAAGAGAGAGAGAGCGUGAGCGAGAGAGGGAACGGGAGAGAGAGAGAGAGAAAGAGAGAGAGAGGCAGAGAGAGCGAGAACGUGAAAGAGAACGAGAGCUGGAGAGAAUCAGGGCUGCCCAGACGACUCCCGCACCACGAUCCCCUGCUGCUGUUCCUGUGGCGACCACAAACCCGGCAACAAGUACCGCAGAAAGUGCAGCCCCCUCUGCCGGGUCAGAUGACCUGAGCACCACAGAGGAAGAAGAAGAUGACGUUUACCUGUCUCCUGAACCCACGUCAUCUUACCCAGGCUUUGACAUGGAGACCACAACAGAGGAAGACACAUCCACCACAGCUGAGACCACCUCAGAGGCCACUACAGCUCCACCUACGACCACCAGGACCACCACCGCUGCAACUACCACAGUCAAGACCAGGGUGCCCUUCAGACCCAGGGUUCCUAUGACAACAGCCACUCAGGCAGUACCAACAGAGAAAACCACCCGAACCCCACAGCCCACAACAACACAGGGCCGUUCAGAGGAGGGUAACAAUGAGGUGGGUGCUGCAGGACCAAGUGGAGAUUUUGAGAUCCGUGAAGAAAACCGCAAUGGUCUUGGACGAGGCCUAAUGCCAGGGGACCCAGAUCUGAUCGGCAACACAGUGGAUGGAGGAAGCUCGGCUGCUCAGCUGCCACAGAAGAACAUACUGGAGAGAAAAGAAGUCUUGAUAGCUGUCCUGAUUGGCGGACUACUGGCUGUGGUUUUCGCUGAUUUCCUGGUCAUCGCUGUGAUAGUGGGAGGCGUGGUGGGAGCCUUGUUCGCAGCCUUCCUGGUGAUGCUGCUGGUGUACAGGAUGAAGAAAAAGGACGAGGGCAGCUACACGUUGGAGGAACCUAAACAGGCCACCGUCACCUACCAGAAACCAGACAAGCAGGAGGAGUUUUACGCAUAACACUCGUACGCCAGAGAGACACCACACUCCGAGAGGAAGAGAGAAAGAGCGAGAGAGAGAGAGAGAAGAGAGAAAGAUACUCUAAGCCCCGCCCUCCUCCUCAUCCUCCUCCUACUCCUCCUUUUCCUCGUCACAUCCCCCUCAUCUGCUCGCCUCUACUCAUCCCUCUCUCCUCUCGUCUCCAAAACACUUGAGAGCGCCUUUCUCUCUGCGGACUUGGGACUUUCUUUUCAAUGAAAACAACAAAAGAGGACAAAAAAAAGGAAAAAAUAAAUCCAAAUAUAUUCUGAAAAAAUAACACAUACACACAAGAUGUUUUUAAAGUAAAUGUUGUUAUUAAUAUUCUACAGAUUCUCUUGUUCUGUAUGUAAUGAUAUGAUUAUUUUGUAAAAAAACAAAACAAAACAAAACACAAGCUCUUUAACCUGUGUUUCCAGCACAAAAAGUUCCUCUUCUGUUUUAUGGAGCGAAAAAUGAAAAGGCAAAAAAGAAAGAGGAGAGGAGAGGGGCGGAGCGAGCUGAGGGAGACACAAAAGAAAAAAGAGCGAGGGAGCAGUGGAGCUCGCCUCUGCCCCUCACCCCCCGAAAACACACAGAGCAUCUGGUUGGCCCGCACAGAGCCCAGGGUCAAAGGUGAGAGGAAAGGUCUCUUUUGUGCCUUCCAUCCCUCUGGUGCUCAACGACACGCAUCCACGCAGCCACAUCAACUCACGCACACUCGCACACGCUAACAUAUACGCACCAACACACGUACACGCUCACUGGUCUCUGCUGGAAGGUGGCUCUGACUUCUCGCUCUGUGCUCGGCCAACCAGAAAAUGGUGCUCGACCCUCGACGUGUUUGACAAUGUUGAGGCGCCACCGUGGAAACACUGGUUGGUUGCAUUGAGCUGGCGACACGGCUGCUCCUCUAAGCUGUACAAAGACUAGUUACGGAUAGUAAUAAUAAUCAAUAAUAUAUCAAUGUUUUGGGCUGGAUGGUGAAUAAUGAAAUUAAUAAUACCAUAAUAAUAAUAAUGAUAAUAAUGAUAAUAAUAAUACUUAAACAGGAGGAUGUGUAUUUAGCAGUUAAAAAAAGUUUAUAUGUAAAUAUCAGCGUAUCCUUUCUGGCAUCACUAAUCAUUUGCAUGAUCAUUGAGAGUUUUUAUCCAUCACUGUCAUCUGUCAUCACUUAGAUGAGCUGUGCUCUCGCCAGCCACUUUCACAUAUACAUAUCUGCACACACACACAAACACACACACACACAUACACAUACACAUGCUCACACCCCAACACUCCAACAUGCAGACAUUUAUCUCGCUGUGCAUUUACAGACUACACAUAGACUACUGUAAAUCAUAUCCAGUACACAUAUCAGACCCAUCGUCAUCAUCGUUGUCAUCAUCAUCAUCAUCAUCAUCGUGAUAGAUAUCACUUGUGAAAUGAGAGAGAUCUGUUGGUUCCAAUAUGUUAUUGAUUAGUUAUCGAUCAGUUGCCGGUUGGUUUAGAGUUUAGUCUGUUUGUUUAAAAGCACAACUACGUACAUGUCCUGUCAUCACACCUGACAUCUGACCCCUUCCCCGUUAUGCAUGCAUCACUUCUUUUUUCUUUUUUGUUCCCGUUCCGCCAUCGGCUCUCUGUCUGGGAAUGGGAUGGGGCCAUUUUAGAAGUGUGUGUGGGGACUUAAACAAAGAGAAACAGGAAGAUGCUCCCGUGUGCUCUAAUCCGUGGCCUGCUGUACAGCAAUCACAAUCAUAACUUUUGCCAUUAAAGCUUUGGUUAUGAAAAAGAAGAAGACCUCGGAUUAGUGCUUGUGGAGGUCACUUCAGGGCUCCUUUUUUGGGGAGGGGACAAGGAAUUGGAUGGGGAGUGUGAGGGCUGUGCUUCUAUCUAAGAGAUUGUAACAAUAACCACACCAGUGCGACUGGGCUAGUAGCUUCUAUUAUACUCAGUACUGUAGAACAAAAAUGCAUGGGAGUCAAAACUAUACUAGUCUGGGUGUGUGUGGAUGUCAGUGUGCAUCUUUUUUUGUGUGUGAAAUCAAAAAGAGGGGUGAGUUCAAGUCGGAAUGUACUGUGGUCGAGUAUGUGUUUACCUUCUCCAGCAGUUCUCACGCUCUUCCACAGACAGGUAACACACCUCUUCCACUGCUGUGUGUGCACGUCGCCUGCCCCCUCACCUGGGUGAGAACAUGGAUGUGCGUGAGUGAGCGUGUGUGUGUACACCUCAUCUAAACCGCCACCUGUGUAUGUGUGUGUGAGUGCUUCACCUUGAUAUUUCACAGCAGACUCUUGUGUACACUGACUAGCCUGUCGACGUGUGUAUGUGUAUGUGUGCGCGUGUUUAGUCUGUUCACUGCUGAAUGUGGGGCAGCUGGUCCCUCACAGUGGCUUUCACACACACUGACUGUGUCUUCACUGUCUGUCUGUCUGACUGUCUGCCUGCCUGUCUCUCUGCGACAGACGGAAAGACAACGCGCCACUUUUUCACAGGCAGGAAUGAUCUUAACAUGUACUGUCUUUUCUAAAGUGACUGUCAAACUGUAAACGUGUGUUUGUACCCAUCUAAGCCUGCGUAGCCAAAUAAGACGAGUGGGUGUGUGAGAGCAUGAGUGGGUGAAUUCUGUUUGUGUGUGUGAGUCUGUAUGUAUGUAUGCGUGUGUGUGUGUGUGUGUGUGUGUGUGCGUGUGUGAAGCCUAAUAUAGGCGACACUACUCUAUGUUUGCUGUUCCCAUUCCUGUUUUUAUACAUUUGCAUUUUUUUAAGGCUGAGUUUCUGUCAUUGGCUGAGUGAGCGAGAGGAGGCGGAUCCUCCACGCCACCGCCCUGUCACUAAUCUGCCACUCUGUUCCAAAUAAAAAAACCUGAUUGGGUAAA